GCUUGCAAGCAAAGCAGUUGAUUUCUCUAGGUUCUUGAAGGCCCUAUUUUUCUGUUUCGCUUUGAGUUGAUCAGACACCGAACUCACGACAGAAAACCAAGCCUUCCAAGAGGGUCACAAUAUCUGGACUUGCAAAAAAGCACUUGAGAUUCUUGCAAACGACUGAAUGAAGCAAGAUGCCUCAGACCAAAACUAUGGAGAAGCUUGCGAUGAAGGACGAGGAAGCUACGAAGUGUUGUAAUGAUAAGGAGCAGCAACUGGGUGCUGUGGGUUUGCCUUCACCGUUGCCAAUGGACAUUACAAUGGGACGGGGAGGGAUGUCUAACAAUCACUCCGGGAACAAGCUCUCAAGAGAGAUUGUGGCCAUGUACUAUGGCGCUUUCUUGCAAGCUCAGGGACCCACAUCUCGUCGCAAAGACAAGGGCGUGGUUGUCAAUACGGUGUACGAACACUUGACCAAGGAGGGCUUUCGUUUUGUGUUAAGAGUAAACGGCCUGUGGGUGGAAGCUCCCUUCUGCAAAGCUCGAGCCAAGAUCAUCCAAGCGCUUCGGGAAGGAUCCUUUGAUCUAAGAAAUAACGUGCCCUUCUCAACAUCGGCGGCAGCCCGGAAGAGACUAAGGAAGACGAAGGAGAAGACGAAAGUUUGCAAGAAGUCGCCUAAGGGUUCCUCUCCGAAAGCGCAAGCUAUGCACAAGAGACCCAGCAUUACUUGCGGCGACGAACCUUCGGUUGUCACUUUGGAGACGUGUGAUAGCAGUACCGUAGACUUGCUCGAGGAGGACAAGUUCUUUACCAGCGUGGAGAUGGUAGCCAAUGGCGAGGAAGAGACGAUUCAAGAAGAUCUGGAACCCCUACCGCUGCAAGAAGACAGCAUGGAACCUCUACCUUUGAGCUAUGAUUCUGACGAGAGUGAAGUUACGUUGGAUCUCGAGCCUCGGCCAUUGCCACCGGAGCAACCCCUCGUUGUCACCACGCCCUCUUUUCCUUCAACACCUUCAUCUUCCAUGGGCAUUGGUGACGACGAGGCGUGUCUCGAUGUCCUGCCUGAGCUCAUGGGCCUAGACUUCUAGCCCACUUAUUUGGCAUCUAUCUUUUUACAUUGAUUGCAUGGUAUUAGAAAAGUUUCAAGUUAAUAGUAAUGUUAUCCUGUUAUUAG